GGCACUGUCAGUCUCAUCCAGUACAAAUAUUUUCAUAAUCAUUUUCCGAAAAAGCGAAAAAUAAAAAAAGAGAGGGAGAAAAGGUUACACCGGCGUCUCACCCUCCCCUGGGACAGCGUCAUGGGCACACCGGAGGAUGGGAGGACACGCACACCCACACAGCCGCAAGGCCAGAAGAAUCAGCAGCAGAGCUGCAAGCUGCCCAAGCAAAGAUCCCCAAACCAAAGCAAGAUACAAAAACGAGUAAAACAACUGCAAAAAAAAACUAGAAACAAAAUCCCCACUUCACUCCUCCCCUGCCUCUCCUCUACCUCAAACUGUAACACUGCCUCACGCACCAGUUCGCUGCUGCUCCCUCGUCCUCGCAGGCGCGUCGAUCCGGAGGGCGCCCGCCGCCGCCUGCUGGAGCGGAGGCCCAAGCGGGAGCGGGAGCGGGGGCGGCGAAUCUGGAGCCCCGGGGACCUGCAUUGCCGCGGGGCCGCCGCGCGUAACCAGAUCUCCCUCCUCACCUGCCGCGGCACCGGCACGGCAUGGUGGCUGCCGCGGCGGCGGCCACCGCGCCAGAUCCGGCCCACCCCGCCCGCCCCCCGCUCACGCCGGCGCUCGACAAGCCCAACUCCGCCGCCGCGCGGAGGAACUCGCGCUCCAACAAGCCCGUCUCCUCCAGGUACCUGUCCGCCGCCGCCGCGUCCCCGACCUCCUCCACGUCUUCCUCCACGUCGUCGUCUUCCUCGUCCUCGUCCCGGCGCUCCCUGUCGGCGCAGCGCACCCGAGCGUCCACUCCGCCCCCACAGCAAUCUACGUCGCCCACCACCACCCGGUCGGCAGCGGCCGCGGCCGCGGCGGCGACGGCUACCGCGACCACGAUGCGGAGCCUCUCGGUGUCGUUCCAGGGGGAGUCCUUCUUCUACAAGACGUCGCGCGCGCCGCGGGCCUCGUCGCCGUCCUCACCCGCCGCGCGGCGCGGGCCCACGCCGGAGCGCCGGAAGAGCGUAUCCUCCGUGCCGGAGGCCGAGAACGCGCGGCCGCAGGGCCGAUGGCCCGCGGCCAAGCCCAAGGCGUCGGACCCGCUCGCGCGCAGCCUCGACUGCAGCCUCGACCGCAAGGACUCCAUCCUCGCCGCCGUUCACCUGCUUCGCCGCUCCAUGGCCUUCGACUCCACCACAUCGCUUUCCCCGUCCGACCCGGCAGCUGCAGCCGCUCCAGACCUGUCCGCGUCCUCCGACACCGACAGCGUCUCGUCUGGUAGCAACUCGGGCGCUGGUGAUCCCCCGCGCCGCGGCAUCAGCGUGCCGGCGAGGUUCUGGCAGGAAACCAACAGCCGCCUGCGCCGCCUUCCGGAGCCUGGGCUACCGCUACCUUCUUCUGGUCGGAGGUCGUUCUCAGACAGUCCAAUGUCGCCGAGGCUGCCAGGCCGGUCCCCAUCUCCAUGCCGUGGAAGCAGGGGCGUCGCCAGCCCAUCAAGAGGGCGUGGUGGGGAGGCAUCACCAAAUGGGCAUGCGAUGCAAGCUCCAGCAAAUGCGCCAUCUAUCAUCAGCUUUGCUGCAGAGGUCAGGAGGGCGAAGAAGGGGGAAAACAGAAUCGAAGAGGCACACAGGUUGCGGCUGCUGGACAAUCGGCAUUUGCAGUGGCGGUGCAUCAAUGCACGGACAGACGCGUCACUUCUGGUGCAGAGCUUCACUGCUGAGAAAACCCUUCACAGCGCAUGGAAAGAAAUAUCGAGAUUACGUGACAAUGUCAGUUCCAAAAGAUGCAGACUCCAACUUCAGAAACAAAAACUCAAGCUAUUUGCUAUCCUUAGGGGUCAGAUGUCAUAUCUAGAGGACUGGUCUCAUAUAGAAAAACACCAUUCAAGUGCUUUAUCAGCAGCAAUCAAAGCACUGAAGGCUAGUACUCUUCGUCUUCCGGUUGUUGAUGGUGCAAAGGCUGAUGUGCAAGGUGUCAAGGAAGCUGUUAACUCAGCUGUGGAUGUAAUGCACACAAUGACAUCCUCGAUAUGUAAUUUGCUGUCUAAGGUUGAAGGAACAAGCUCUGUAGUGUCUGAGCUUGCCAAACUUGCCACACAAGAACAAAUGUUGUUGGACCAAUCGAAGGAUCUCUUGUCCACGGUUGCAGCAAUACAUGUCAAAAAGUGUAGUUUGCAAGCUCACAUGCUACAACGAAACCAAAAGCAGAGCCCGGCACAGUUGUAGAUCAGUUUGCCUCGCCACUUUGGGUGGUCACUAACAUCACACGGCCUCGCCUUUUCUCACCAGAGACUGUGCUACAGGUAAUAAAAUGCUGUAACCAUUUGUUGGGUGUGAAGCGUGUCCUAAUCUGCUCGAUCGACCUCACCGAGUGUAGCUGAUUCAUGUAAUUUUUUGAGUGCAUAUCAACCCAUAGAAGCGGCCCCCCCUUUACCUGCAGUCGCUGCAGUUGGUGUAUACAGAAAUCCCUAGCCUUGACCCAAAGAUAAGCUUCCUGUAGAUAUGAAAAAAGCUUGUCGUUUGCGUGCUUACUCUUGCGUGUGGAGUGCUCGAGUGGUGAUGAGUGUUUGUAUUGUGAAAGGGAGAUAUUUUGUUGGCUUGAUACAGGGUGUUUUUCAUGGCAAAAUUAACACGGAGGUUGUUUAUCCUGA